CAAUAAGUGCCACCACUAACUCACUGAGCCAGGCUUUGGGCGUUGUUUUCCUAGCUGCUAAGUGGCUAAGAUUGUUGUAUUUUACGACUUUGUAAAGUUAACACACCUGAAUGGGACUUGUGCCAAUCUCAGUGACCACCAAUAGUGCGCAGAUGACAAUUGAGCCCUGUGCAGCAGGCUAUUGACCGCUUUUCAAGUACCACACCCCUAAAAGACUAUGUCCACAAUCGAAGAGGAACGCAAGGCGUACGAAAAGAAUCCCUACUUCACCGGCCACAUCUACGGCAACUUCUCGCCGUUUUAUGUGACCAUUGCCAUCUGCACCGUUGUCCUGGGCACGAUCAUCAUAUUGAACAUUAUCCUGGGCUGCUGCUCCAAGCACCGCAAGUACUGGCAGGACAGGCACACGGGCAACCGCUGGUUGGUCUCCAUUUGGUCGGCCACUCCCCAUAAUCAACCGCCUUUGGACUUCACCGAACUAAAGGACGCCUCCUACUUUAAUCGUCUACAUCCCACCACCCAUCAGCAGGUGUUCCCCGACGACGUGGUCAUUGGCGUUGACGACUUGGAGCCCGUGCACUCGGCGCACCAUCAUCACCAGCAGCAGCACCAGCGUCCACCACGCCCAGAGGGUCGCACCCUGCACCAGCAACGCCAGCGCGAGGAAUACGUGGAGCUGCAGAAGCGCGAGAGCGACAUCUAAGUAGGCAUGGCCCUAUACUUCCUUUAUCCCGCCGUGGCCGCCGUGGCCCUGUUCAUCGUGGGCGUAAUCAUUGUCAUGCUGCGCUACGGACCCCGUUUGUGCGGUUUGCGCCACCAUGCCCUUCCGGACGACGACGACCUGCGGGGGAAGACGUACGAGCAUGAGAUAAGCUAUGCCUAAUCUCAUUUAGGGAUGUCCCAGAAAUCGAAUCCAUCCAAAAGUGCUUCAGA